ACACUAUGGUCAUGUACAGUAGGGUGAUGUACAGUAUGGUGUACAGUAGUGCAAUGUACACUAUGGUCAUGUACAGUAAGGUGAAGUACAGUAGGGUGAUAUACAGUAAAGUGAUGUACAGUAAGGUGAAGUACAGUAGGGCGAUGUACAGUAAGGUGAAGUACAGUAGGGUGAUGUACAGUAAGGUGAAGUACAGUAGGGUGAUAUACAGUAAAGUGAUGUACAGUAAGGUGAAGUACAGUAGGGCGAUGUACAGUAAGGUGAAGUACAGUAGGGUGAUAUACAGUAAAGUGAUGUACAGUAAGGUGAAGUACAGUAGGGCGAUAUACAGUAUUUGUUGUUUCACAACAGAAGGAUGUUCCUCCACCUUCUCCUGGCGUGAAGGAGGGCGGAGACUCUCUCCUGGCUCCGCCCAGCGUGGCCUCGCUCUUGGACAUCUCUCUGCCCGGCCCCCCCGAGGAGUCUCUGCCCCCUGGAGAGAAUCAAAGCCACAUCAGCGACUCCAUCAUCGAGCUGGCCAUCAACUCCGCCCACUACGGCGAGGAGGCCAAGAUGACCAAAGUGUCUCCCUCGGUCAGCCCGUCCAGAGACUGGAUCCCCUCCCCCAGCCACGACCCCCAGUGGUACCCCAGUGACUCCUCUGACUCCACCCUGGGAUGUCUUCUCUCCAGCAUGGGGCGACGUACCCCCCGCACUUUGUUCACCCCCAGCCUGAUGGACUGCAACUCCCAUGAUUCCUUUCACUCCCGCGGCCUUCCUGACGUGGGCGAGGUGGACUCCCAGCUGGCCUGCAUGAUGAGUGAGAGCAGUGUGGACUACAUCGCUCGCUUCAACGAUCUGGCUCAGGAGCUGGCUGUAAGCGAGCCCUCCAUGGCGCCUCAAGAGCUGGCUGUAAGCGAGCCCUCCAUGGCGCCUCAGGAGCUGGCUGUAAGCGAGCCCUCCAUGGCGCCUCAAGAGCUAGCUGUAAGCGAGCCCUCCAUGGCGCCUCAGGAGCUGGCUGUCAGCGAGCCCUCCAUGGCGCCUCAAGAGCUGGCUGUCAGCGAACCCUCCAUGGCGCCUCAAGAGCUGGCUGUCAGGGAGCCCUCCAUGGCGCCUCAAGAGCUGGCUGUCAGCGAGCCCUCCAUGGCGCCUCAAGAGCUGGCUGUCAGCGAGCCCUCCAUGGCGCCUCAAGAGCUGGCUGUCAGCGAGCCCUCCAUGGCGCCUCAAGAGCUGGCUGUCAGCGAGCCCUCCAUGGCGCCUCAAGAGCUGGCUGUCAGCGAGCCCUCCAUGGCGCCUCAAGAGCUGGCUGUCAGCGAGCCCUCCAUGGCGCCUCAAGAGCUGGCUGUCAGCGAGCCCUCCAUGGCGCCUCAAGAGCUGGCUGUCAGCGAGCCCUCCUUGGCGCCCCCCUGA